UACCAUCACUGAAUAUUAUUCUUAUUUGGUUUUGUUUUUUUUUUAUUUUUUUUGUUAAAUUCUAUCUCUUUUUGUUUUGCAUUUUUGUUGUCUUCAAAACUAAAAUUGGACAUAAUUCAUCAUGGAUAAAUUGCGACGAGUUUUAAGUGGAAAUGAUAGCAUCCCCGAAGAAGAAGGCAGUAUAAUGACACAGAUUAAUGAUAUGUCAACAUUAAGCUGGUCCACUCGCAUUAAAGGCUUUUGCAUAUGUUUCGUAUUGGGUUUGGUUUUAUCAUUCCUGGGUUCAAUUAUGUUUUUCCUUCAUUUCGGCAUAGUUGUAUUUGCCGUUUUUUAUACCUUGGGUAACAUUAUAUCCAUGACGAGUACCUGUUUUCUUAUGGGCCCAGUAAAUCAAUUGAAGAAAAUGUUCUCCGAUACUCGUCUAAUUGCCACCUGCAUUGUUAUAUUUUCUAUAAUUAUGACCCUGAUUGCUUCUAUAGUGUUAGGAAAGCCUGGUCUUACCUUGAUAUUCAUUAUUAUACAAUCAUUAGCCAUGACAUGGUACUCAUUAUCAUAUAUCCCUUAUGCUAGAGAUGCUGUCAAGAAAACCGUUUCGGCUAUGUUGGACGUUUAGCAUGUGAAUGUUCAUUUAUCUCCAAUGAUUUAUGCAUUUCACCAUUUCGUAUGUGCUAGGAUACUGUCAUUCAACCUUUGUAUUUAUUUGCUCUAAUUACAAUAGAAAUAGCUUUUGUUUUCCUUCACAUUACACAAAUGUGAAUGAAGUUGGUAUUCUCGCAAAUAUUAUAUAACAUAGUAUUAUCUUAAGGGAAAAACAAAACUUACCUUAUUAUUAGUGAUACGAGCGGUCCGUUAAUAAUUUAAGAUUUAUUUUGCUCGCUAAUGCUGUUUGCUUUAAAAAGAUCAACUUCUGUUAUAAAUUUGAAAUAAGCUGAAACUCUACUUUUCUUUAUAAA